AUGAUAAUUCUGAUGAUUAUGGGAUGCUAUGCCAUCCAGGACGAGCUAACGAGUAGAUGCCAGAGAUAUGGAAUAAGUUUGAACGACUGCUUGAACUCCGUGUAUCUUCCCAAACGGGAAUACGAUGAAUAUCUUCAGAGCUUUAAUUUGCCAAUAGUGCGCGAUUCAAGUUGUAACAAAGGAAGGUGCAUGGCUGUUGUCUACAAAGAUGUGAAUAAAUGCAUGAACUGUAGGAAGGAAGAUUGUAGAGACGAGUGCAAAGAGCUUGAAUGGAUGAGAGAAGGACCUUCUAACGGCCCAAUGGAUUCAUAUAGAAGGAAUUCCGAACCUCCGAUUCCCUUCAUUCAUGUGAUCCAUCACAAAGAUACAAAUAAGAGUAAUUCUGCACCGGCAACCAAAACCGAAGAGGUACCAUUAGUAUCUUAUAAAAGCAUCACAGUAAUUGAAACAAAGACGGAGACGGUCUCAGAGCACCCGGCAACAAUCUCAAGGGACGAGCAGAAGAAAGAUACCCACGUGACCGAGGAUGGUAAAACCUGUGAAACUAAAAAAGAGGAUACGAAAACUAUUUUCAAGACGGUGGAGAUUCCAGUGAUUUCAGAAAAGGUUUCUCAAUUGACACGCUCUGAGAGACCUGAGAAGCAAAGAAAAUACGACGACAAUAUCCGUAAGACUCCUGUAAAGGAAGGGGAGGGCUCUACCCUUAUUUCUUCUUCAGUAAAGCGCUCCAAGCUCAAGGACUCUUCACUGGACGAUGACAAAAUAGAUGAAGUCUCCGAAGCAGAAAAAGGUUUUGAAGAUGAUGAAAAGGAAAAGGGCGAGCCCACUGUUGUGACAGUCACCCGAGUGUUUUAUAAGACUGUCAGUGUCGAAAAACCCAUUACGUUGUACAGAGAAGUGACAACAACAGUCAAGAGUGAAGUUCCCAUUAUCAAUUACAAGCUAACAACUGUCAAGGAGAUUUCAACCUCAACCAAGACAGAGAGUAGCGUUAAGACAGAGACAGUUGUACAGACGCAGUAUUCCACAAUCAUAUCUACAAAGGCUCCGCAUGGCCAGGAAAUUCCGAAGGUGCCGGAGGAAAGUAUAUCCAUGAGAGCUCCAAUUAUUUCUGGUGAGACAUCGAAAAGGAAUGAAGAGACUCAGAAGAGUACGAAAACAAUAGAUUCCUCUAGUAGUGAUCCAAGUACUUCUGAAUUUCCUAGUGUGGUAUAUAGAACAAUAACUAAACCAACUGUUUCCGUCCUUACGGUUACAAAGACAGAGGAAGUUACAACACAGACAGCUUCUAGAAGUGACCCAAGCCAAAAUCCUGGAUCCCAAAAGGGAGAAGGGGUUUCUGCCAGUAUCUCUUUGCCAGCCUCGAUUUCUCUAAUAUGUACGGAAAAGUGUCUCACCGUCAGUGUUCCUGAGACUUCGGAAAAGAAAGAGGUCUUUUCCUCUGUGGCUGCUUCAUUAUCGGAUACUCAAGGGUUUAUGAACACAGGUAGGCAAGACAUAAUAGCAGAGCUCCUUCCAUUAGUUAGAAAGGUGUUAAUUGAGGAUUUGGAAGAAACAAAAUGCACAAAAACUCCCAAGCAAAGCUCUCACUUAGAAAUGGCAAGUGACUUGGUGAAGACGGUGACAAAAACAGUAGUAAAGACUGUGGAGAGAGAAACAAAAAACAAGGGAGGCCAUAAGACUGUAUAUAAUACAGUUUACUCAUAUAAGAAGAAGCCAAACUGCAGAAAGGGGGUGGAAGGGAAGAAAAGAAAGGUGUGCAAAGAGUCUGAGGAGCAGUUUGUCACAACAGUCUAUGUUUGA